UUGCUCAUAAACAGAUGACAGCAGCAGAGUAGUGGUGUUUUCUAUCCCUUUGGUAGUGUUACUGCUGGAGAUCCUUCCUCUCGCGUGUGUAGUGAAACCAAUAAAGCGCCGAUAGAAUGUCGUCCGGACGGAAGUGUAACAACUGCGGAAGUGCCGACAUCGAGGUCGACAAUGCGCGGGGCGACGCCGUGUGCACGAACUGUGGAUCGGUGCUGGAAGACAACAUCAUCGUAUCGGAGAUCCAGUUCGAGGAGAAUGCUCAUGGAGCGGCCAGUGCCGUCGGCCAGUUCGUUGCGUCCGAUUCACGGGGCGGUGCUACGGCGUACGGCAAGUUUCACGUCGGCACUGGAACGGAAUCGCGCGAGGUUACGCUGCGGAAGGCUCGCCACGGUAUUACGCAUCUGUGCAGCCAGCUGCGAUUGAACAACCAUUGCAUUGAUACGGCCUGCAACUUCUUCAAGAUGGCACUCAUACGCAACCUGACCCGUGGUCGGCGCAAUACCCACAUCUAUGCGGCGUGCGUUUACAUUACCUGCCGGACGGAGGGAACCUCUCAUUUGCUGAUCGACAUCAGCGAUGUGCUGCAGAUUUGUUGCUACGAGCUUGGCCGAACUUACCUCAAACUAUCCCAAUCGCUUUGCCUGAAUAUACCAUCGAUCGAUCCAUGCAUCUACAUCAUGCGCUACGCCAACAAGCUCGAAUUCAAAGAGAAAACGCACGAAGUAUCAAUGACGGCACAGCGGUUAGUUCAGCGCAUGAAAAAGGAUUCCAUACACUCCGGCCGACGGCCUUCCGGGUUGUGCGGUGCAGCACUGCUUCUAGCCGCCCGGAUGCACGACUUUAGCCGCACACCGAACGACAUCGUACGCAUCGUAAAGAUCCACGAGUCUACGCUUCGCAAGCGGUUGUUUGAGUUCGGCGAAACACCGAGCAGUGCGCUAACGGUGGACGAAUUUAUGGCGGUCGAUCUGGAGGCCGAACAGGAUCCGCCCGCAUUCAAAGCUGCCCGCAAACGGGACAAGGAGCGCCUACAGAAGCUGGAAGAGCAAACGACCGAAUUCAAUGAACUGCAGGCCGAAAUUGAUGCCGCACUCGAUCGCGAAAUGAUUGCACGUUCGGGCAAGAAACGCAAGCACAAGAAAUCGGACUUUGACGAACUGCAGGAGACGGGCCAAUUUAUCGAAGAGUCUACGAUGGACGUGAUAAGCGAGUGUUUGGUGGAGGAAAAAGCUGUCCCGAAUGAGACGGUAGACAAAAGUAAACCGAUCAUCCCGGAAGGCAUGAGACCAGAUCUGAGAGCUAUCUGUUCGAACAAUGACAGUGACCGGUACGGUGGAGAUGCUGCGCUAGAGCAGCAGGAAGAUCCGGGUAAUGGUGAGCUGUUGACGGAAGAUUUGGAUGACGAUGAGAUUAACGGGUACAUUAUGACGGAGGAGGAAGCACACACGAAAAACGUCCAGUGGGAAAAGCUGAACGAGGAGUAUCUGAAGGAGCUGAAGCUGAAGGAGGAACGGUUGGCGAAGGAACGGGAGGAGUGUAAGCCGGAAAAGAAAAAGCGUCGCACGGUGCGGAAAAAGAUGAUCGGCCCAUCGUCGUCGGCACGGGAAGCGAUCGAGAUGAUACUGCAGGAGAAGAAAAUAUCGAGCAAAAUAAACUACGACAUCCUGAAGACGCUAACCGAUGGCGAAGGGCCCGGUGCUAGCGCAGUGUCCAGUGCUGCCGCACCGGUACAGAUGGUGGACACUGACGGUUUGAUAAAGGAGGAAGUAAAGCCCAUUAUCGACACACUUUCGCCCGUGCGUGUAAAGCAAGACAAAACGUUGCCCACUGCCACCACGACGACGAGCCCCGAUGCGGCGGGCCGAGGCAGCAUGAAACCAACGCCCAAUUUUGGUGCUUCCUCGAGACGGAAGCAUAUGGCGCAGGCAACACUGCCAGUGGUAUCUGCGGGUAUGGAAGAUGAUCCGACGAAAGAUGCGGAAGAUGGAACGACGAGCAAGGCGGCUCAAGACAACAUCGAAGAUUAUGAUGAUGAGGGUGAUGUAGAACCGGAACCAGAACCGGAACCGGAGCAUAAAUCUCUGGCGAACAUGCUGAACAACGGGGACGAUGAUGAUUAUUACGGUUACGAUGACUAUUACUAAAGCGGAACAGAGUAGCGACUGAUAUGAUUUCGAUUAUGUGCAGUGUGCAUUAGUUUUAAACAUAUUACUUUUUCUGCUUAAGCUCUAAAACCACAAAAGGACUCGGGCCAGCCAUUUCUGGCUUUUUUUUUUACAUGAUUUUGCCCGUAGCAGCAGCGUCAGUCCUGCAUAGAAAUAUUACUAUCAUUACUAUAUGGCAGGCUUUUUAGUGAUUUAAAUAUCAUUUGUAUGUAUCAUUUUAGUUAAGACUUCAGUAAGAACAUAGGUAUAGAAGUUAAGUGGGCAAUAACUAGCAUGAAUUGCAAAAUAAAUAACUUCUAGAUGUAAUACGAUAUGACUAUUCCAACAAUCUAGGCAUAUUGAGAUUGGAACACAACGAUGUAUUUUUUAGCUUGAGCUUUAGUUGAACGAAAUUUGUGCGAAGUUUCUCAUCGUAUUCGUUUGUUCCUCAAGCCACUUUGAAUUGUAUGGGAAUGAUAAAAAUAUUAUUAAAUACGAUACACACUUAUCUCUAAACUGUUAACCGAAUGGUUAUGGAAACGAUUUGGUCUAGCUCUGAUCCUUUUGACAUAAGCUUCUUAUUGUGUUUAACAUUCUGUUCUGUUCUUUAGUUAGUUGUUAGUUACAGUAUUAUUGAACUUUCAAUCGUGUAUGUAGUAAAACAUAUUUAGCGUGCUAACCGAACAUGGCUUUAUAAUCGGCAUAUUGUGGAAAUGUGUUUACAAAAUCAAUGUUAUUGUAAAACCACCAAAUAAAUUGAUGUUUUUAUAACAACUGGAAAUAAAUGGCACAGCAAAAGCUAA